AUGCCAUGGCGCGCUGUACGUCUUCUGGUCGUUCUGACGCUUCCGGCCAGUUUCUCCGGAGAGGAUCUUCGGGUCGGACAUCUCGAAAGCGUCGGCGCCGACGAGGCCCGAAUCUUGGGGCUAUGUCGUCGGCAUUCCGAAGAUCAUUUGGAGUAAAUUUCUUUCUUUUUUUCAUAGAACACUGCAGGGUUUUUUUCUUUCUCUUUCCUUCACAUAUUUCUUGCAAGAAUGGAUAGUUGAAUAUGGGUUUGAAAAUUGCGAAAAAUUACCCGAGAGCGUUUUCUCACGAUGAAGCCUGUCUUAAUAGUAACUUGAUAGCUUUUGUAAUGAAAGUUUAAUUUUUUUGCAUUGAAAUUUCGAAAAAAAGUGCAAAUAUGCAUACUGGCGUCGAGGGUGUAUGAACCACAACAUUAUAUCUGACGGAGUUUUUAACAAUUUUUUUCGAACUUAAAUUUUUCAAAUUUACUACAAGUGUUUGAUAUCCAGGUCGAAAAACAAUAAUUCAAAAAUUUCAUCUUUAUCUUGAAAAUCCAAUUGAAACGAUCGGUUUUCCUUUUAUUUUCAGACUGGUUUCUCUACCAGCUUGUGAAAAUUUCAAUGGCCUGGAAAAUGCGGCUCAUUUGCACUAUGAAUAUUCCGUCGACGUUUUUCUCGGUGCAGCCUGCGAUGAAGGUUUUUUUUAUUCGUCCUUCAAUUUCAAUUCGAUUUUUCCUGGUAUUUUAGAAACUGAAACAAUUUCAAGGCUCGCGCUACGUUGGCACAAGCUGUAUCUUUCUUCGGCGCCAUUGGCUACAAUGGAGAAGUGAGUGAAUAUUGAGUAAUUAGUACAUUUUAAAGCUAUUGUUUUUACUUGGUGGGAAAAAUAUUAUUUUGCAGAGAAUCGACGACGGUCGCAUUGAAACCACACAGCAUCCCGGCGACUGUUUCCGUCAUUUAUUCAGUUUCAAAAAGGCUUUUAGCUGUUAGAGUAAGGAAAAAACAUGAUUUUCGGGAGAUUUUUCAUGAUUUUUAGAUCGCGAUCAUCCACUCACCGGGAAGGAAACAGUUGGCUCGAAAAAUAGCUGAAAUAUUGAAAAAUACGCCGCAGCUAGAUGUUUCUAUAGUGGCAGAGUCGGACGGCGUUCGAAACUGUAAUGCCAUUUUCACUAGAACGAGAGGUUUUUUUUUUUCAUUUUCAAAAUGUUAAUUUGAAGGUAGACUGUAAAUGAAAAAAUGAUUUUGAAGGAAACCUCACGUAAGUGGACAAGAGAUUUGUCACUGGGGCGCGCUUUUUCACACCUCUUUGAUUCAUUUAUUUUUUCUAAUUUCUCUCGGACAUUCAACGCGAAACGGACGUGCACCGGACGUUUCUAAGCAGUUUUAGGGCAUUUAAAAGCGCUGACGGUACUAAAGUCCCUUGUUCUUUUCCUUCACGCCACAGAAUUCUUUCUGUGAGCGAACAAUAAACAUUCAAUUUCAUUCCAAAAUGAAAACAAAAAAUGUUAUAUAGGUUGAUUAACUCUCCUCGAAGGAACGUUUAUAAAUAUGAAAAAGAUCGAAAUGAGAAAAAUUCGAUUAUUUUUCAAUCUGGACCUCGCACAAGCCUGUUUCGAACAUAUGUCAAUCAUUUUUGAAUGAACGAUGAUUUCAUUUUUUUUUUUAAUAGUGAGAAGCGAUUCAGCCAUUGUGAAGUUACUGUUAUUCUUUUUCUUCUUUGCAAUUGAACACAGAACUAAAAACCCUCAGCUGCUUUUAAGAGCCUUGGGUGGUACCUGGUAUUGUUUAACGGCUUCGCAGGUGAUCGAAAAUGAUGGAUCUAGUUUGACAACGUCGUUGCGACUUUGAACAAAGGGCGGAUUUUUUGUCAUGACGAUUAACUGAAUUUUCAAAUAUAAGAGCCCUUAAAAUGCGGAGAAAGAAGACAUAAAUAGUUUUUUUGAAUUUUUUGACUGGUUAGCUAUGUAAAGUAAGUUAGAGAACCUUUAUCCAGUCAGAAAGAACUAACUAGGCGGUGCGCUAGAGCUCCGCUCGGCCUUGUCAGAACUAAGAGUCCUAGACGCCGAAAGCCGUGACGGCAUUUUCCGUGGGGGUCCCAUCAUCGCUUUGUCAGCAUCGCGCUGCCAACAGUUUGUGCUUCGGCCACCGGAAUGGGCUUCGGCGUGACAUUGCGUAUCCAGUUUGCAAGCAAAAAGGAUCGGCACUUCGGGAGUCCCACGGACCUAAUCUACUAGCGCUUACAACUCAGAGACUUUUUUUGAAAAUUAGAAGUUAAAUGGAAGUUCAAAACUCAUCUUGACGUUGAAUGAAGUAGCAAGACGACUCGUGAGGGAAGCAGGAAUGAUAUUUGAAGCCAGGUCAUACAAGAAGAAAUGACACGUUGUCACGUGGUUUUUUGCAAGUGUUAAUUUUUUCGAUAUCAGAAAAAUGACACCUUGCCACGGGGUUCACGUUUUUUUUUUGCAGCGAAAGAAAUUUUUAUUCUGAAUAAACUUUGGGUCAUAUGGCGUGAAAAGUAGAGCUACUGAAAACUUUUUAAAGUUUUAGAAAAGCAGAAGAAAAAAAAAUAAACAUGAGAAAAUGAUAGUAAUGCAAAAAGUUGAUGGGUUUUUGCCCCAGUUCUCGUUUUUUUUUUUGCAAGGAUUCAAUUUUUCAUUUAUGUCUUGAACCGUGUCAGUCAGAAAUUUCAUGCAGUUUUAGUUUUCUUUUUUUUACAGUUGUCCUUUCCCUGCUCGACUUUGACCAUCUAGUCUCCUUCACUUCAACUUGGAUGAAUGAAGCGACAAGACCUCUCGAAUUCCUCGUAGUUCAGCUUGGAUACCGACAACUACAGUAUCCGACCUUUUCAAGCCAAGAAUGAGUUUUUCUUCAGUCUUAACGCCUCCGAGUUCUACUUCAACCUGUGGCACAGUGUUUCGGGAACUGAUAAAAUCAAAAACCGACUUCGACGUCUACAUCGAAACGUCCUAUUUGUGUGAUUCGAACUGAACUACAAUUGUAAAGCUUUUCAUUUCAGCUACAUAAUGUUCACAACGAUCCACCAGAACUUGAAGCUUUUUGCCGAGAAAACGGACUUCAGGUUGAUAGAAAAGACGCGAAAUGGAAAAAAAGAAACCAUGAUUACAGAGUUCGCAUCAAAUUUUCAAAGCCUUGAUACUUUGUGACGGGCUGAAGCUUCUAGAUGGAUUCCAUCCAUUCGGAAACGUUUCAAAUAUCGAAAAUAUCACAGUCGAACUUUUCCAUCAUGUUAGGAAUAAGAAAGUGGAAGGUUUCUGGGGUUUAUAUUUUUUAUCAAAGAAGUUCUAAGGUUACACUGGUCCUUUGUUCAUCAACGAGCUGGGUAUAAGGUGAGACUGAAUUAUUUCAGCAGAAUAACUCUUUUUUUAGCCUUCGGUUGAACUUUUGACGAAAUUGACUUCAUGACUUUUUUCCAUAACAAAAAGGUUAUUUUCCUUGCAAUAGAUCUUGUUUUUGAUUUGAAGACCCAAAAUCCGACUAAUGUCAUUUUUUUUUCUAUGGCUUGUGCAAUUUGCGGAUUUAAAAGUAGGGACCGCGAAGCUCCGCCCCUUCUUGAGAACUGUUUUUUUUUGCACAGAGAGUACAUUUCUGUGUUUGGCGCGUGGAUUUUUUCUUAUUAAUCGAAAAAGGUGGAAUAUGACAUAAUUCAGCACGUAGAAUCAGAAUUUCAAUUCAAAACUGGCCAAGAAGUUCUCUGGCACGAACUUUUUUUUUUUGGAAACUUAGAUUUUAAGCGACGAAUUUAUAUCUUACCCUUAAUGUUGAAGGUAAAAAUUCGGAAAAAUUUCAUUUCGAAAAUUUUUAUUUUAUUCUGGAAAGAAGAUUCUGAAGUACUCUUUAACCAGGUAUCUUGAAAAGUUCAACCAAGGGCUAAAAAAGCUCCAUUAUGAAUAAACGUGAACAAGUUGAUCAGACUUCCCUACUACAAGCUCUACAACUUCGCUGACAAUGAAACGCAGUUGUUGGCCGACGUCGCCCCACAAGAAGAUACCAAUUGCACCGAAGGGUUCGCCGAGCACUUCUGCUACGUUUUGAUUCAAAACUGAAAGAUUAGCUCAGAAAACACUUCAGAACUUCGAAGAGACGUCGCAGUGGGAAGAAGCGAUGUCGCGUCUGCCUCCGGCGAUCCCCGAAUGCGGCUACAGCGGCGAAUUCUGCAGCGAUCGACACGUCUUCGCCAUCGUCGCCAUUGUCUUCGCCGUUCUUCUCAUCUUCAUCUGCGUCGCUUUUUAUCUUCAUCGGUACAGCUUUUUCUAAUACUUCAUUCAAACUGUCUGACUUUUCUGCGCUCUUUUUUCUAUGACUAGCGAAACAUUUGACUUACAGGAAAGAAGACAAACUCUAUCAGAUGCCCUGGCGAGUGCCCCUCGAAUCUCUCACUUUCACCCAAACGAACGAUGUAAGAGUCCAAAAAAGAUCCGAAAAAGGGUCGGAUCCAGAAUCCAGGGUACAGACGUGUGUCGACGGCCAGCGUCUCGCGUUGUUCCUUGACCGGUCCGAUUCCGACCCGAGCCGAGUUCGGCUACGUCAGAAAAACCAAGGUUCCCUGUCCACAUCUCAUUCAUUCGUUUUUUGAUUAGGUCUCCUUGAAACGGUUCAUCCAGAAGCGCGCCAUCUCUUUUUCUCGCGAGGAAAUGGCUCUUCUCAACGAAGUCAGCAUAAGUUGAAGGCAUAUAUCUAUUAAAAAAAAGAGUGUUGAGAUAUCUAAUCGAUAAUUUUAAGCAGGGUUGCACGGUUUUCCGUUUUUCGACUAGCUCGUGAAAAUUUUGCGAAAAAGAAGAUACUGAAAAAAAAAAUUAUUGUUGAAAUUCAAAUUUCCGUUCCACGCAAUAAAAACCAAGCUGGAAGCUUCAUAAAAUUAAAAUUGGGAAAAAAAUUUGAAAAAUGAUGACGUAGCGAUUUCAGAUUAAGUUGGAAGUAUUGCGCAAGUCAAAAUUUCGUUGAGCCUGUUUUACCGAAAAUUCAGAAGUAGGAACAUCGCUGAAACAUGCACUUUUGGCGCCAGUUCAAAAGUUUGUCGACCCAAAUUUGAAUUCAUUUUUCUCGGAAAAAACCACGUUUUAAGUUCUACCGUUUCACACAGCUUGAGAAGAUCUAAAAAAAGACAUUAAUAUCCAAAAUCUCUUUUUUCACUGGUCCUUUGCCCUAGAAACAUUUUGAUCUUCUUGACUGAUUUCAGAUCAACUACAUAAAUCAGCCGAACAUCAACGUCUUCUGCGGAAUAUGCUUCAAUCAGGUUUUUCGGCGAAAAAAAAAAGAAAAAUUCGAAUUUGUUCAGGACAGCGAGUUAUCCGUCAUGUGGAACUACACCGUACGAUAUUCCCUAGAGGAUAUUAUUUUCUCAAAAGGCCAAAAGUUCGGUAGAAACUUCCAGUCAACCUUUCUGAAACACAUUUUGAACGUGCGGGUCUUUUUUCGAUCCCUCUGAGAAUGCUUUUUGAGGGUCUCAACUUUAUCCAUAACAGUUCGAUCAAGUUUCAUGGAGCUUUGUAUCUUUCGAACUGCGUCGUCGACUCUUAUUGGGUGGUGAAACUGACCGAUUUUGGCGUGAUGCAAGUUCUUCGGGACAAGGUUGGUUCGAAAUAAGAAUCUGGUUUUUAAGGUUUUUUUCAGAUACUACAAAAAGAGUUACACAGGUUACAGCCUAUCGACAUUGAAUAUCUGGAAUCUAGUGGGUUUUUAUUUUAAAGGCAUUGAAAUACGAUAUAUUUUUUGUCUUGAAUUAUUUAAAAAUAGAUAUACUCAAUUUAUAAGUCUAACCAAAGCUAGCCACCUCAUCAGGGGAUGACUCAAAAUUUGCACCCGACUUGAAACGACUUUCGCGUGGUGCCUUCGAAGUACCAAGCUUAGAAUUUUAAUUUUUUUUUCUCAAUCUGAGUUUCUUUGACCUGUUUUUUGGAGCGCAUAUAAGAGUUUGAAAGCUGAGUUUCUGAAAACUCUUCUCAUUUUUUUUUGCCUGUAAAUGCUCAAUCGUAUCACCUUUUAGGUACAGUAUAUAUGCUCGAAAUUAACUUUCGACUUAAAAUUUUUUAAUUCACAAAUUACAGAAUAUUUACUAAUACCUCCGGAGCGUAUUCCUGAUUUCCUAGAACUGAGAGAAGAACCGCCCGGAUCCGUCGAAGGCGACAUUUACCAACUGGGAAUGGUCAUUUUCCAGAUUUUAUUCUCGAUAAAACCCUUCAACGAACUCAGCGAGCCUAUAAGAGGUGAUAGAUUGUCCAAAACUGAUAUUUAUCGAAAAAUCAGAAACCCUCGAGAAAAUCUGCUCAGAAAAAGGUCUCCAGCCAUGCUUGCCCGAAUGCGGCAAUUUCACAGUUCGGCUGGUAUCCGUCAUGCAGCAAGUCUAUUGACUUGAUUAUUUCUGAAUGUUCAAAGAAGAUAUUCAGUGCUGGUUGCAAAGGAUAUCAGGCCGGCCAGCCCUGUUCAAGAUUUCAGACGCCGUGGCAAGAGAAUUUGAGAAAGAGUUGGUCAAAUGUUUAUAUUUUCACGAAGUUUGGGUUCAGUUUGAAAGGAACGCUGAUCGAUCAGAUGAUCGAGAUGGUCGACGAAUAUUCGGCGAAUCUGGAGCAAGUCGUGGCGACGAGGACCCGGGAGUUGGACCAGCAGAUGAGCCAGACUGAGAAUCUGCUCUAUCAACUUCUUCCCAAGUUCGAUGCUUUCAGAGAAAAAUAGCGUUGCCAUUAGAAAUUUGAGCUUUUACCGUUUUUUUUUACUGUAAAGAUAGCUUUUGCACGUUGAAAAUUUUUCGUAUAGUUCUUACUUUUAAGCCUAAGCCUGCUCAGCAUAGCCAAACGGUGAAUCUUUUUUCCCAUUUGAAGAGAAUCAGCUUCACCUAUAGAAACGUGAGCUACUACCUUUUUUUGAUAAUUAUGGUUUUGACAUUGAAAACUCUUCAAAUAACUCAGAUUUUAAGCUUAAGCCAGCAGAUUCUGACUUCGAGAACGCCGUUGGAGUGGAUUUCGCCUCAGAUUAGAUCUUAGGACAAGAUAAAUAUAUUGAGAGUUUUUGAGCCAAGUCUCGGAAAAUCGCCGAAGGUCAAUCAAAUUCGAAAGUAUGCCUCAUGUUAGAAGGAAAAUUUUUCGUGGCCUUUUUUUGGAUUUUUUUUUCGAGCUGAUUUUUCGAAAUUUUUUGUUAACUUUAAAAGAAAACAUAACUUCUCUCAGAAGCAUCGCUGACGCCCUCCGUGAAGGACGGCCGACGUAUCCGGAGCAGCAUCAUUCCGUGUCCCUCUUGGUCGCCGAUCUUUGUCAAUUCACGACUUUUUGCGAAGCUCUUAUCCCUAUUCAUGUUAUAGAAAAAACUCCAAAAAAGACAAGAAAAUAUUUUUUCCAGGUUCUGGAAACCCUACAAGAACUGUACUCGUCGUUCGACAUGGUCGUUCAGCGACACAAUGCCUUCAAGGUUCCGCGAGAAGUUUGCAAAGGCAAUUAAAAGUUGUUUCCGACAGGUGGAGAACGUCGGCGACGCUUACCUGAUUGGCAGUGGGAUUCCUCAUAUUGGAGAACUCAAGCACCUUCGGGAGGUCGGUCGCGUGGCCUUGAAGCUGCGAAAGGUAGGUUGCAACAAAGGUAAUUAGCCUGAGAAGCUAAAGGCAAAAAAAAAAGAUUAAUAAAGAAAAAAGCUGCAUGAACAAGGCUCCAUAGAACUUUAGAAAAAUUUUCUCAUCCAAAAACUAUUUUUAAAGUUCAUGGAAACGUUCGUGGUACGCCACCGGCCUGAGAUGAAGCUGCAGUUGAAGCUGGGAAUAUCGAGCGGAGUCGUGGCCACAGGAGUCCUUGGCAGCGUUGCUCCGAGGUCAGAAGGACCUUGAAUGAUUAGAAAUCAGCCAUUUGUUUGAGGUUCUGCGUAUUCGGAGAAGCCGUGAGUUUGGCCUGUCAGAUGGCGAGUCACAGUCUUCCCGGGAAAAUUCAGGUUUUCCUAAGGAUUUAAUUAUAGAACGUCAGUCUGGCCCCUGUAGAGGUUAGAGAAAAACAACCUUGAAAGGCGACAAAAAGUGGCCCCUAUAGGGUCUUGAAUUUUUCGGUAUGGUCUCAAUGAAAAUCCUUUUGCAAUCAGUUAUUUGUAGAUCAAUUUCCAAUAUGAUCUUCUGUAAACGAAAUUUACACAAAAAUAACUUGAAAUAUGUUUUUUUUUGUCCCUUUAGGGGCUACUAGCAUGCUUCCCUAGAAAGGCCACUAACUAAAACCUCUCUAGUGACCAUUAGCACGCCUUUUCAUAUUGGCCGUUAACUGGAACCUCUAUAGGGGUCACUUUUUAAGGUUUUAGUGACCCAUAUGACGGGAUUCAAAGUGGUCCCUAGAGGGGGGACCUUUCAGGACCACUGAGGUUGCCUCUAUAGCGACCACUCUGGAGUUGCUAAGCAAUCUAGUCUUUUCUUUCCAGCUGCCAGAACUGACCACCAGCCUGCUCAAGGAAAAUUAUCCGGCCUUCCAACUGGAAGAACGGGGAAUGAUCGAAGUUAAGGUCUUUUCAACUUUCUUCCUUAAAAGGGAGAAAAUAUCGACUUCAGGGCAAGGGAAUGUGUUUGACAUUUUGGUUGAUAGAAGAACUUCGAGUCGACCGGCAGCCCUCAUCUUGCAGUAUUUUAGCGAAAAAUAAAUUUAAUUGA